AUGAAUUCAAUACACCGAAGCGAGGAAAUGUGCUUGGUUCAGUUGUUUCUUCAAAACGAAGCGGCUUAUUUAUGUGUUGCUGAACUUGGCGAAAUUGGGCUUGUGCAAUUCCGAGAUUUAAAUGCUGAAAUCAACGCUUUUCAACGCAAAUAUGUUAGAGAAGUUCGAUUUUUGGAACGCGAAAUAAAGAAGGAUGGAAUUGUAAUGGUCGAUACUGGGGAGAAUACGGAAGUUCCCUUACCUAGGGAAACGUUUGAUUUGGGGGCAACCUUUGAUAAAUUAGAAAGUGAAUUGCGUGAAGUCAACCAAAAUGAGGAAAUGCUUCGGAAAAAUUUUGCUGAACUGACAGAGCUUAAACACAUUCUUAGAAAGACGCAACAGUUUUUUGAUGAGAACGAAGGCGAACGUCAAGCGCUUCACUCUUUGGCACAAGAAGAAUUUUUGGAUGAUGGUUCUAGUUUGAUUCCUCGUGAUAGAGGCGAUGCUUCACAUGUUUCCAAAGGAAAUUUAAAAUUUGUUGCUGGUGUUAUCCAACGAGAGCGUUUACCGGCCUUUGAACGUCUUCUUUGGCGGGCCUGUAGAGGCAAUGUAUUUUUGCGACAAGCAGAAAUUACUGAACCGUUGAGUGAUACAAUGACUGGGCUAGAAGUUCAAAAGGCUGUCUUUAUCAUCUUUUUUCAAGGAGAUCAAUUGAAAAGCAGAGUGAAAAAGAUUUGUGAAGGUUUUCGUGCGACAAUAUAUCCAUGUCCAGAUUCUCCUCAAGAACGAAGAGAAAUGUCUAUUGGUGUUAUGACACGUAUAGAAGAUUUAAAAACUGUUUUGGGACAAACUCAAGAUCAUCGGCAUCGUGUUCUGGUCGCUGCUGCUCGUAAUGUUCGUACUUGGCUUACAAAAGUUAGAAAAGUCAAAGCAAUUUAUCACACCUUAAAUUUAUUCAAUUUGGAUGUAACUCAAAAAUGUUUAAUUGCUGAAUGUUGGUGUCCAGUUGCUGAACUUGAUCGAAUUCAAUUGGCAUUAAAGCGUGGAAGUGAUGAAAGUGGAAGUUCAGUGCCAUCAAUUCUUAACAAAAUGGAAACUUUAGAGCAACCUCCAACUUUUCAUCGAACCAAUAAAUUUACUCGUGGUUUUCAAAAUAUUGUGGAUUCUUAUGGAAUUGCUAGUUAUAGAGAAAUAAAUCCUGCCCCCUACACAAUGAUUACUUUUCCUUUCUUAUUUGCUUUAAUGUUUGGUGAUUUGGGCCACGGAUUAAUUAUGUUUCUUUUUGGACUGUACCUUGUAUUAAAAGAGAAAAGAUUGGAAGCAGCUCGGAUUAAUGAUGAGAUAUUCCAAAUGUUUUUCUCUGGUCGUUACGUAAUUUUUCUGAUGGGCCUUUUCUCUAUUUACACUGGUUUUAUUUACAAUGAUGUUUUUAGCAAAUCAUUUAACAUCUUUGGAACUUCAUGGGGUGCUACUGAUGAAUAUGAUAAGUAUACAAACGAUCCUGAAAAAAUGCUUGUACUUCCUCCACAUAUUGCUUAUUCAUCUCCGCCAUACCCUUUUGGUGUCGAUCCAAUUUGGAAUUUGGCAGAAACCAACAAACUAAAUUUUUUAAAUUCAAUGAAAAUGAAAGGUUCAGUAAUUAUUGGAAUUAGUCAAAUGGCGUUUGGGAUUGCUUUGAGUUAUUAUAAUUUCAAACAUUCAGAAUCUUAUUUGGACAUUAAUUUUACUUUUAUUCCACAAGUUAUAUUUCUUUCGUGCAUUUUUGUUUAUCUCUGUUUGGAAAUUGUAGCAAAAUGGCUUUUCUUUAAUAAUGAGGGACAUUAUUAUUUUCUUGGAAAUUAUUAUCCAGGCGCUAGAUGUGCACCUUCUCUACUUAUUGGGCUUAUAAAUAUGUUUAUGAUGAAAUCGAGAAAAACUGGAUUUACGAUAGACGAUGAGAGUAGAGAACCUGGUCCAAAUUGUCAUCUAAAUUAUUGGUAUCCUGGACAGGGUUUUUUCGAAUCAAUUUUCAUUCCCAUUUCUAUUGGGUGCAUCUUUGUCAUGUUAUUUGCCAAGCCCUACAAGCUUUGGCAACAACAAAAACAACGUUUAUAUGGUGGUCAUACUAAUUUGAGUGUCCAUGCCAACUUAAGCGAAGAUGGUGCUGAAGUUAUUCAUCAUGGAGGAAAUUCAACUACAACACCCAAGAAGGAUUUAAAGGAAUUUGAUUUGGGUGAUACUUUUGUUUAUCAAGCAAUUCAUACAAUUGAAUUUGCGCUUGGUUGUAUUUCUCAUACUGCUUCUUAUCUUCGUCUUUGGGCACUUUCUUUGGCUCAUGCACAAUUGUCCGAUGUUCUCUGGACAAUGGUUUUUCGUAUGGGAUUACUUCAAGGAGGUUAUUUGGGCGCUGUACUGACGUACUUUGUUUUUCUGGUGUUUGCAACUAUGACAGUCUUCAUUCUUGUUUUAAUGGAAGGACUUUCAGCAUUUUUACAUGCUCUUCGUCUUCAUUGGGUUGAAUUUCAAAGCAAAUUUUAUGCUGGAACAGGCCAUUUAUUUAUGCCAUUUUCGUUUAUAACUGUGUUAGAGGAGGCUAGGAUUGCGGAAGAAACUUUUAAUUGA